AUGACACCUGUUGCUCUGGGGAACGAUGACGACUCCUUGGUCGUCGCUGUCCUAGUCGGCAGCCCAUCGCACAAAGGGAAUUGGUUGGAGGUGACCCAUGCAGUCACUGCUGCCUUCAUGGUUGCUCAGGCAGCGUACCAUUUCUCUCCGAGCCGCAGCAACCACCGUCGCGGGGCCUUCCCGUCAGCCUCGUUCGGAAUAUCCCAUGGGGGUGGUCGUACGGAACCUGGGAACGUAAGCAUCAAGUCAAAACACAACAUCAAGAUCCUGCACGAUCUUUUCUCCAACCCAUAUGUCCAGCUUCUGCUAGGGUUUACCGACCAGUCAUUUAACCUGGUUGCCCCUCGCCUACAUUCGUACUAUUCAACAGUCCUUGGUGGGAUUUGCUCAAGGUACCCGAACCUGGAGCGCUUCUGGCGUCGGUCUGUCUUCGCCUGUUGCGCCUUCAACUUGGGGCCUCGAGUUCGGGCAUAUAUCCAUACGGACCACCUCAAUGUGCCUUUUGGAUGGUGCGCCAUCACGGCGUUCGGGCGCUUUGACCCCAAGCGAGGUGGUCAUCUUAUUCUCUGGGAAUGGGGACUCAUUAUCGAGUUUCCUCCUGGCUCUACGGUCUUUAUUCCUUCUGCGCUAGUUAGGCAUUCUAAUAUCGGAGUCUCCAUGGAUGAGACCCGGUUCUCUCUUGUGCAGUGGAUGCCAGGUGCAUUAUGCAGAUGGUUUGAUUUCGGGUUCAAGCCUGCUGCAACGUUUCGUAAGGAACAUGGGAGCCGUGCUACUGAUGCUGCAAAUGAGGCCCGCUGGAAGGAGGGGCUGAGCUUGCUGCCCCGGCUAAGGGAUUUCCGAGACGCUGCGGAGUAG